ACCUGUAGAAAGUGCCGCUUCGUGACGUGUUGGAACAAUAAUGAAGCAUAGCGUGUUGAUAACCUUGGCCAUAUUGAUGCAGCUUGCAUCGUUGGCUAUUUGUCAACGUGUAGCACCAGGAGUUAAUCCAAACCAUUAUCAACAACAACAACAAUAUCAGCCGCCCCCUCCGCAGUAUCAGCAACAAGCUCCCCAACAUCAGCAGCCGCAAUAUCACCAACAGCCGCCCCAACAACAGCAGCAACCCCAGUAUCAACAACAGCAAUUUCAACAACAGCAGCAACAUCAGCAGCCCCAUGGCGAACAUGGGCAACAGCAAGUGCUGCAUACUGGAAAUUUACAACAGGAGAAACAGCACAUUGCUGAACAUAUGGAAGUACCAAUCGAUACGAGCAAAAUGAGCGAACAAGAACUACAAUUUCAUUACUUCAAAAUGCACGAUUCGGACAAUAACAACAAGUUGGAUGGUUGUGAACUCAUAAAAUCACUCAUUCAUUGGCACGAGCAAGGCAAGGCACAAGAAAACAGUGGGCAUCCGCAGCACGAAGAAAAAAUUUUCUCAAACGAUGAACUCUCCGCGCUGAUAGAUCCCAUUCUUAACUCAGACGACCAUAAUCAAGAUGGUUUCAUCGACUAUCCGGAGUUUGUUCGAGCUCAGCACAAAGCAGCACAGCAGCAACAAGACCAGCAACAACAGCAACCACACCCUUAGUUUUUUUUCAGUGCAACUCAGCUCAAAUCACUGGCUUAGUGACGUCCGCGAUAGACUGGCAAAAUAAUAACUGAGCUUUUAAAAGCAUAAAUCCUCCUUGUAUUCAAAAGCAGGGUGGCCUACGGGGCAAAAAAAAAAUCUAAUGUUAGAAACAUUUCGUUUGAUCUGAUAAAGAAACAAAUCAUUCCUGGGCCGAAUAGUUCAAACAUCCUUGAUCCAUACUGAUAAAACACAGGGCAGUAUUAACUCCGAGAGGACAUUCCGUCAAAGUUUGUUCUAGUAUUACAAUAUUUCGAAUAUUAAUCCUUUCAAAAUUGGCAGCGCUUAGUAUAAAAGACAAGGCUAAGAAUUAGUGGCGUAGCUCGGAGUUUUAUUUCUUGUUUCAUACAUUAAUGCAAAGACUGUAAAAAAUAUACUGAACGCACUUUCAUUCUACAAAAAAAGAAAAGGAUUAAUACGAGACACUAAAACGUAAUGGCUGCGAUAUAAUGCAAACGCACAACGAUCGCACAAAAACGUUUACUUUUAUUUGCAUUAAAAACGAAUGUUGUGUGCUUAUAUGUUGUUGUAAAUGUACAUGUUUGUUUCGCUUAAGAUUAUUUGUUGCAAAGUGACAAGGUAUCAAAAAUCAAAUGGAAGGGUUGAAGAAAAACCACAACAAGAAUAUAUCAAUCAUUCUGUGUCGAUCAUUAGUGUGUCCGAAACCAUUCGUCAUUUUUUUGUCCGAGUAUGUGCAUUUGUAUUGUUAUGAAGGUCUUUAUUGUUUCGGUUAGCUGGGCAUUACAUUAUCCGCAAUUACAGCUGAGGAUAAAACAGGACACCAUGAAGAACAAGCGCCUAGGCCAGAGUAUACAGACGAACAGUUGGAAGAUAUCGUCGAUUCGGUACUGCGGAUGAUGGAUGUGAAUACUGACGGUUUCAUAGAUUACACUGAAUAUCGAAUGUCGGGUGUAGAAGAAAAUAGACGCGAUGAUUUUCCUGAAGGACGAUAAAAUUUAACGUCAAGAUAAAUAGUAACUAGAAGCAAUUGUUAACAUAAAUAGAUAUGUUCAUAGUUGUUGCGAAUGGUUGUGGACCAUUGUGUGCUUACGCCUAUGUGGUCGUCCUCUAAAAAGAUCAUCACAACUUGUAUAGCGAGAGACUUCCAAGUUCUAACAACACUGUUUCCUCGUUCAGAGAAAGACAACGGCGAAGGCGAACAUGAUCACGAACCGGUUGCGUACACCGAUGAGCAACUGUCAGGAAUUGUAGACGCAGUAAUGAAAAAUAUGGAUCGUAACAAUGAUGGUGUUGUUGACUGGCCGGAGUAUGUACUGUCCUCAAGCCGGCGUUAAAUAUGCAUGAACUGUUUCUUUCAUUCCAACCAUAGCCUGUUUUUUUGUUUUAAUGUUUUUUUUUUCUUCGGUAACUCCCUUUCAUGGUGUUUUUAUUUUACUGUACUAAUAAAAGUAUGCAUCCUAACCAAUUGGGAAUUUUAUUUCAGUUCAAUUAUAGAAUACAUAAAUUACCGAAUCUGUGCCCUACGUAAUGCACAAAUAUAUGCACGAAGAUUUGAAUAUCUUAAAUGACUGAUUUACUGAUUGCAGACAAUAAAGAUGAACACAUCGGCGAAAUGCCUUCAGAAGGAGCGCCCGAAAAUCACAAUGAUGCACAACCAUACGACGACGCUACACUACAAUCCUUGGUUGAUCCAAUAAUGGAUAUGAUGGACAAAGAUCAUGAUGGAUUUAUAACGUAUACUGAAUAUCGACAGCACGAAAAUGCACAAAAUUCUUAACAAAAUUAGCAAAUAUUUGCAUUCAUGUGGCAGUAUAAAUAGUGGAGCUGUGGUCAGUGAAAAAUAAAAUAAAAUUCCGAAACAAUCA